GAAAAGGCUCCAGGCUUCGGCUUGGAAAAUCCAACCGCCAAAAUUGAGCCCAGCAGCUGGAGCGGCAGUGAAAGCCCUGCCGAAAACAUGGAAAGGAUGAGUGACUCUGCAGAUAAGCCAAUUGACAAUGACGCUGAAGGAGUCUGGAGCCCCGACAUUGAACAGAGCUUUCAGGAGGCCCUGGCUAUCUAUCCACCGUGUGGGAGGAGGAAAAUCAUCUUAUCAGAUGAAGGCAAAAUGUAUGGUAGGAAUGAAUUGAUAGCCAGAUACAUCAAACUCAGGACAGGGAAGACGAGAACCAGAAAGCAGGUGUCUAGUCAUAUACAGGUCUUAGCAAGAAAGAAAGUUCGAGAAAUUCAAGCCGCCAUUAAGGUGUCUAGUCACAUUCAGGUUCUUGCCAGAAGGAAAUCUCGUGAUUUUCAUUCCAAGCUAAAGGUAACAAGCAUGGAUCAGACUGCAAAGGAUAAGGCCCUGCAACACAUGGCAGCCAUGUCCUCAGCCCAGAUAGUCUCAGCCACCGCCAUUCACAACAAGCUAGGGCUGCCUGGGAUUCCACGCCCGACCUUCCCGGGGGCACCAGGGUUCUGGCCAGGGAUGAUACAAACAGGGCAGCCGGGAUCCUCACAAGACGUCAAGCCCUUCGUGCAACAGGCCUACCCCAUCCAGCCAGCGGUCACGGCCCCCAUUCCAGGAUUUGAGCCUGCGUCAGCCCCAGCUCCCUUGGUCCCUGCCUGGCAGGGUCGUUCCAUUGGUACAACCAAGCUACGCCUGGUGGAGUUCUCAGCUUUUCUGGAACAGCAGCGAGACCCAGACUCGUACAACAAACACCUCUUCGUGCACAUUGGACAUGCCAACCAUUCUUACAGUGACCCAUUGCUGGAAUCAGUGGACAUUCGUCAGAUUUAUGACAAAUUUCCUGAGAAGAAAGGUGGAUUAAAGGAACUGUUUGGAAAGGGUCCUCAAAAUGCCUUCUUCCUCGUAAAAUUCUGGGCGGAUUUAAACUGCAAUAUUCAAGAUGAUGCUGGAGCUUUUUAUGGUGUAACAAGUCAGUAUGAAAGUUCUGAAAAUAUGACCGUCACCUGCUCCACCAAAGUCUGCUCAUUUGGGAAGCAAGUAGUAGAAAAAGUAGAGACGGAGUAUGCAAGGUUUGAGAACGGCCGAUUUGUAUACCGAAUAAACCGCUCCCCGAUGUGUGAAUAUAUGAUCAACUUCAUCCACAAGCUCAAACACUUACCAGAGAAAUAUAUGAUGAACAGUGUUUUGGAAAACUUCACAAUUUUAUUGGUGGUAACAAACAGGGAUACACAAGAAACCCUGCUGUGCAUGGCCUGUGUAUUUGAAGUGUCAAAUAGUGAACAUGGAGCACAACAUCAUAUUUACAGGCUUGUAAAGGACUGA